AUGGCAGGCAAAUCGUCCAAAAAACAGGCCCAACGCAAUGCUGCCAUCCUGAGGCAAACGUAUUUGCUCGUUUUGCCCGUUCUUGGCUUGUCCUUUUUGCGCAGGGUGCUCCAGAAGGGCUCAUGGCUAUCGUACGUUCCGCUGCAUUUCCCAGCGGCAGCAUGUCUGUACAUGCUGGAGAAAAGCGGUCGCCCGCAAUACGACGAGAAGGGCCAGCUGGUACGUGAAGGGUUUGACCUAAAGCAGCCAGGAUUGACGGAAUACAUGUUCGAUGUCAUUUACCUCUCGAUUUUCGCCGACGUGGGCCAUAUCGCACUUGGAACUUUGAAGCUCUGGUACGUUUUGCUGCUGGUGCCAGUAUAUUUGGCGUACCGCGCGAAAACGAUCGCUGGGCCUUUGAUUUCUAAUUUGCUUGGCAGUCGCAGCCGGGGCGAACCCAGGAACGACGCCAAAGAUGCCGCUCAAGCUACCAAAUCCAAGAGAAUGGCCAAGCGCGAGAAAAACGCCGAUAGAGUGCAGUUCAAAUACCGAUAA